AUGGCAGAACAAAAAGUAUCCUUUACUAUUCGCAGGCCAACUCCAGUAUCGAGGGCAGCAUCGCCAGGCAACGACUCCGACACAACCCCUUCCUUUAAACUUCCUUCUCUACCCCGGCAUCUCUCUUCUACUCCGCAAGGUAGCCCCCUCGCUCGCAGCACUACCUCAUCUCCAAAACCGACUCAGGUGCAACAUUCUUAUCCAGCCGGCGACGAUUCGAGCGAGGAUGAGGAUGCCGUUGUACAGGAUGAGCUUGUGACGGGUUUCGAUAAGUUUGGUGUUCAGCGUCUUACCGGAGAGAGAAAAUUUAAGCAAGAACCUUUGGUUAUCCCAGCACUAAAGAACAAAGAUUGGCGUGCCUUGGCUCUUAAGCGACGAAGUGCUGGUCAGUACGUGCCCGCCUCUGCAAAAGCAGAGACUGGAAAGGAUGGAAGUGUCGGUGGAUUAGGAACGAGAGACUCCAUAAACUCGGGACCGGUUCUUUCUGGUUUACAAGUGAAGAAACGAGAGGGCCGUGGCAGUGAUGAGCAUCUAGAUCAUGAAAUGACAGAGGAUCUGGAAACAACAGACGUCAAGAUGGAGGAUGAAGAAACAGAGGACCAGAAAGCUUUGCGCGCAAUUUUGGCGGAAACAAACGGGGUUGAGCAUGACGGCCCUGUCGUCGACAUCAUCCCCACACCCAUCUCCGAAACCGAUGCUUUGAAGCAAGAUGUGGACGAGCUUCCUGACGUUGCUACGCCUGAUGACUACGCCCGCGUUCCCGUAUCGCAGUUCGGAGCUGCUCUAUUGCGAGGUAUGGGCUGGAAGGAGGGUACUGCAGCAUCCAGAAAGCCCGGCAAGGGCAUGGUGGAACCAUAUCUCCCCACUGCACGACCAGCAUUGUUGGGCAUUGGCGCAAAGGAACAGGAGGUAUAUGAUGACGGAAGCAAACGAAAAGCCAGCAAGAACACACGACCAGAACGUCGUUACGUUCCUAUAAUUAAGAAGGAACGCAAUGAUAAUUCCGGUUCCACGUCGGAAGGUCGUCGACGAGAACGAUCACUCUCGCCGAGACGGGGAUCUGCACCUGUCUCCCGUCGAGGCUCCAGGUCCCCGCGCCGGUCCAGGGAGCGUGACACCAGGGAUGGCAGUGAUCCUGGAUAUAAAAGGAGGGAUAACCGACGCGGGGAUUCCAGUCCUCGAGAACGGACAUACGAAUACGAGUAUGGUCGCAGCAAGGAGCGAAAUCGAGGAGGGUAUGGUGACGGAGAGAGGGGGGAUCGCUCGCGUGAAUCUGGUCGGAAGUAG